UGACGACAACACACAAGAAAGCCGAAUACUAAGUUGAGACGAUGGCAAAUUUAUCGAGUGGGUGUUCAGCCGCUGUUGCGAUCGUAGUACUACUACAUCUAGCAACUAUCAAUGCAGAGCUGGUUAUUCUACCAGAUGGUGAUGUCCAAUCAAAACCAACUGGAACUGCAAUUAUGUUAACAUGCAUAGCCAAAGUUGAAAAUACUAAAUUAAUUAGUAAUAUGGAAUGGAGAGAUCCAUAUGAUCGUGUUGUUGGUCCCAUCAAGUCAAUGAAUAAAGGAGGAGACAAUACAGAUAUGUAUACAGAAUCACAAAAUGGAAUUUUAGAACUUGUAUUCAAUUCAUUGAAAGCUGAUCAAGCUGGUAGAUAUGUUUGUACAGCAACAUAUGCCAACAAUGAGCCAUUAUCAAAAUCUGUAAAAAUUGAAAUUGUUGAUCCAAUAACAUUUACAUAUGCACCAAUAUAUCAAUAUCCAAUAAUAAAUGAAGAAUAUACAAUUCAAUGUCAAGUUACAGCAAGACCACCACCAAUAGUAACAUGGUAUCGUGAUGAUGUACCAAUAUUAUCAGAUGGAAAUCAAUAUGUCGUUGAAACUCAUGGUUUGAAAAUAUUUAAAGUUCAACAAAGUCAUGAAGGUGUUUAUAGAUGUCGUGCAUCAGUACCUGAAACUGGUUCAUUUUUUGAUAGAAUAAUUAAUGUUGAAGUACAUAAAAGUUUGGAAGAGAAGAGAAAGAACCAUUAAGAGAAGAAAAAAAAAUAACACCAAUUAUUGAUACUGGCUUGAGGCGAGAAACAUCAAAAACAUUUGAUGGCAAAUGUUCUGUUUCAAAUACUGGCUUUGUUGGUAAAGUCUUAGCUGUCUAGAUAUU